CGAUUCAGACAGAAGAAACUAUUGAUAUCUUUGACAAUUAUGCGAGGUAGCCCAUGUCUUCCCAUGCAUUAUGCCUUUCCACGACCAAUCCAACACCCGGCCACUCGUAGCGAACCCGGCAAGUUGGAGCUGCACGCUUGCGUGUUCUGGCAAGAUGCCGCAAUGCGGAAAGGCGCUGCCAAAACUGCGACCAAAAAAGGUACCAAGACCCCAGACAUCUUCGGGCCCUAGCUAGAGUGCAGCUGGUUUGCCGUUCAGCAGGGCUAAUGCGCGAGUCACGAUCUGCGCCUACGUCGCAUCGCAACCAGGGUAUCUGGAACGAGGUGGGAGAUGCUCGACUCGCUGCAUAUAAACAUCUGAUGCUGCUCCCCUGAUCAUGUUUUCCUCUUCCCCUACCUUUCUUUCCCAUUCGUAAUUUGGUUACUCCCAUAUAACCUAUAGGAAAAGAGGUUCUCAUCCAGUGUGGAAGUUAUUCGUAAAUUUCGCACCAGUCACUCGCUAUCCCUUUCAAAUCGCAACCAGCAAUUCUGCUAUCUUUAAUAUAUUAAUUACCCUUUCUUUUCCAAGAACUCACCACCUUUUCCGACGACCAUGCGUUUCUCAACCACUCUUGCCACCGCUGCGGCGGUUGCUCCUUUCGUCAGCGCCCACGGCGAUGCUCCUAUGAUGCCUAGCAUUGUUGGGUUGAACAUGAGGGACUUGAAAACCCGCGAUAUGAUGAGUACUCUGAGGGCUCGCGCAGUCGAAAUCGCCGCACUAGAGAAAGAGGAAAUCCAAGCUGCCACCGCAAAGCGUCACCAGAACGUAAAGAGACAAGGAAACACCAACGGACAAUGUGGAGGUUCAUUCGGAAAGUGCGCCGAAGGAUACUGCUGCAGUGGCUCAGGAUGGUGUGGAAACACUGGCGACUACUGCUAUGCUCCCGGUUGCAAUUACGAGUUCGGUCCCGGAUGCCCCGACAACGUCGUUCCUGCUGGAGACGACACUUCUUCGAUUCCUCGCACAAAGGUCGGAUCCGUCCCCUACGGAGGAGCUGGUAUCUACCAGUGCACUACCCCUGGCACUGUUGCUCUUACAUACGACGAUGGCCCACAGAAGGAGUACACCGACCACCUUUUGGACGUCUUCAAAUCCUACAACGCCAAAGCUACCUUGUUCAUCACCGGUAACAACAUCAACAAGGGCGAGAUCGACACUACCCCCGAGUUCUCAGCAACCAUCAAGCGUGCUUACGCAGAGGGUCACCAAAUUGCUUCGCACACCUGGACCCAUCUGGAUCUCAGCAAAAUCUCUGAGACCGACCGCAAGAACCAGAUGGUGAGGAACGAAAUGGCCCUCCGCAACAUCCUCGGAUUUAUCCCAACAUACAUGCGUCCUCCUUACUCCAGCUGCACUGCCGAGUCUGGAUGUGAAAAGACCAUGUCCGAUCUUGGCUACCACGUCACCUACUUCAAUGUCGACACUGAUGACUACAACCAAGAUGCUACCGAUAAGAUCCAGAACGCCAAGGACAACUUCCAGGGCAACAUCACUGCCGGAGGUGCUACCCCAGCCAACAACGAAUGGCUCGUCAUCGGGCACGACAUCCACUACCAAACCGCCUACAACCUGACCGAGUUCAUGCUUUCUACCCUCACCCAGCUCGGCUACAAGGCUGUCACCGUCGGCGAAUGUCUCGGCGACCCAGUCGAGAACUGGUACCGCAACGGCGAUGGCAGCUCCCCUGCCCCAUCUGAUCCUCCUGCUGGUGGAAAGCCCGUCACCACCGACGCCACAUGUGGUGGUACCAAUGGAUACACUUGCCAGGGCAGCACUUUUGGCAACUGCUGCUCCGCCGCUGGAUGGUGCGGAAGCACUGGCGAUUACUGCGGCACCGGAUGCCAAUCUGACUUCGGCACUUGCGGUACUGGCUCUACUCCUGCUCCUGGCAAUCCCUCAACACCUGUUUCCGACGACGGCACCUGCGCUGGUACCAAGGGCCAAACUUGCACUGGCUCUCCCUUUGGAAACUGCUGCUCCCAGUACGGAUGGUGCGGAUCCACCGGCGACCACUGCGGCACGGGAUGCAACUCCGCGUUUGGCACUUGCCAGUAG